AUGACGCAAGGGUGUCAAAGCAAGCUUGAUGAGGCGCUGGCUCGAGCGAUAUAUGCCAGUGGAACGCCUUUAUCAGUUACGGAAAACAGAUACUGGCGAGAAGCGUUCAAGCUCCUCAGGCCCGCAUUUGUGCCGCCUUCCAGGCAUUCUUUAGGUGAACGACUCUUGGAGGCCGAGUAUGCCCGAGUGUUGACGCUGGUGGAAGAGAAAGUCAACGCCGCUCUGUGCGUCACUGUACUCACGGACAGCUGGACCAAUGUACGGGGCGAGAGCAUCUUGAACUUUGUGUUGGCUACACCGAAGCCUAUUUUCUACAGCGCCGUGGAGACGGAAGAUCACAGGCACACAGGAGACUACAUCGCGGGAGAGAUUGUGAAGGUUGUGGAGAAAAUUGGAACCGACAAGGUUUUCGCUCUUGUUACCGACCAUGCAAGCAACAUGAAGGCCGCGUGGACAAUCGUCAGUCUGCGCUACCCUAGCAUCACUACUCUUGGAUGCUGUGCUCAUGGACUAAACUUGUUGCUGUCGGACAUGCUCAAACUGGUGACAUUGCAAGAAGUUUGCAAGAGGUCCAAGACUGUAAUCAAGUAUGUCAGAAACUCUCACGUGGUUGCGGCUCACUUUGCUAAGAGGCAAGAAGAGUGCUAUGCUGGAAACCAGACCACAUUAAAACUACCAGCUGAAACUCGCUGGGCGGGCAUUUUGAUGUCACUAGAAGGCUUACUGAAGAACAAAGAAGCUUUACAGAAAACUGUGAUCGCUGCGGAGCUUCAAGUGAGCAGGGAAAUAAGAUCAACGAUAUUAGAUGAAGACUACUUUUGGCGAGAUGUGCAAAGCACCUUCCACGUGUUGCAGCCAGUUGCCCGUGCUAUUUCCGAGGCUGAGUCAGACACUGCUGUCCUCUCAGACGUCCAUGAGAUCCUGUUCAAAGUAACAAGACAAGUCGAAGAGGCCCUUCCAAACUCUGCCUUGACAACGGGCGAAAAGGAAAGAGUAGCAGAAAUCCUGCGUGAGCGACGCAACUUUAUUUGCCGUCCAGCACAUGCUGCCGCAAAUUUGCUCGACCUGAAGUUCAAAGGGCGGUGCUUAAGUGACGAAGAGGUAUGCCACGCAAUGGACUACAUCACAGAGACAGCAGAAAGGAUGUGUCUCGAUGUGGGAAAAGUGUUGUCAAAUCUCGCCGAAUACCAGGUCCAGUCAGGUGCUUGGUCGAGGAAGGCAUUGGAGGACUCGGCGAAGCAUAUUCCACCGUCCACGUGGUGGCAAGGGCUGUGUGCCUCUGAACCCCUGGCACCAAUUGCUUGUCGCCUUCUCCAAGUCCCGCCCUCCUCCGCUGCGUGCGAACGAAACUGGUCGAAGUUCAGCGGUGUCCACACCAAAAGUAGGAACCGACUCAAAGGACACAGAGUGCAGAAGUUGGUGUUUGUUCGCUCCAAUCUCGAGCUCAGGAGCCCUGAUCUGAAAUACCACGACGGAGAUGACUCAAGCGUGGAGUCAGAGUAG